AUGCAGUCACAAACACGGUAUGCUUGUUUGAUGUUAUUUGAUGACGGUCCGUUACCUCUCGGUGGUCUCGGUUCUUCUGAGGAAGUUAUCGGGGCAGCAAUUGCAUUCGGAGGUGGUAGUUCAAUGACAGGAUCGUUGUCAUGUUUGUCUAAACCGAAUUCUAAAAUUUUAGUUGCACGGAUUGUCCAUGGAUACGGAAAUUCUAGAUCCUGUGCUAAUCCGGAUGAGUCUUGUGAUAUGGAACUUUUCAGCGAUCCUGCUAUAGCUUCUAACUGCGAUGGGAGAAUCACUUGUACUUUAGAUGUACUUCCAAAAAGAUUGGAAAAGUGCAGCUUCACGAGUGAUUUUGUGCAUGUGGAAUAUGAAUGUGUUGCUGAUAAUUCAGUCUUUGAUGUUUGUCGGGAAAUAACUACGACUGUUUCUGAUACGUCAUUUUUUGUCGUAUCUCCAAAUGUUUUUCGAGGCCAUUCAUCUGAAUUCAAUCCAUGGAAAAUAUGCGAAUGCAUAAUACUUUCCAGAAAUAACUAUGACAUCAUGGCUGAGUACAUUCAUUCGGAUAUUCGCGUAAGUGGAUAUAAUUGUUCAGAAAGUUACAUAUUAAUAGAGAGCAAAAAAUCUCCAAGUCAAGCAUCUGUUGAUAAGAUGAUUGAAUUGUGUGGACGUCGGUCAAUCACCAACCAUUUGUUUCAAGGGUCUGUUCGACUUACAUAUUACAACAAAAACUUUCAAACAGAUGAUGGCUUUCUGACUAAAUUUAGAGUGACUCAGUCAAUGGGUGGACCUGAAAUAAAAAUGCAAUGUGGUCCUGUUACAUCAGCAGGACGGGGUACUCCCCGUACCAAUUCCCCGAAUGGAAACAUCCAUCGAUCAUCGGUAUGGAGAGAUGCCCUUCCGACAACAUAUCCAAACUUCUUUCCAUAUAAUCGGCCGUUCUGGUAUCCGUCGGAGGAUAUGUAUCAUCCUUUCAAUGACCCAUUUACAGGCUAUAAUUAUCAGGGCGGAUUUCCCAUCAGCCAACCACUAACCUCUACAAUCUAUAAUAAUCAGGACAGAUUUACCAACAGUCAACCAGUCAGAACAGGUGAUCAAAGAACUCUAUUGAAUCCCUCAUCUAUCUCAAAUGAAUCGGGUUUCCUACGGAACGAAAGGAUACAAUCUACAUCUAGCGGUUCUAAUCAACCAGUAGAUUUCGACAAAACCGUUAACCAAUCAUUUAUUCCGUUCCCCAGGGAUCCAAGAAAAUUUUCACUGACAAAUCCACAGCAUAUCUUAGUUUCUACUUCACCUAGUGAUUCAUUUCAAUCCAAUAAAACUGCGCCUCCCUUGCGACUUUUGGGUGUUGACCCAAGGGUAUUAAACAGCAACCGACUUAGUUCUAAUAGAACCAAGAAGAUGAAUCCGAGUGGAAAACUUGAUUUUUCCAAGAAACUAACGCUUUCAUCAUCUUCAAAUGAGAAUAUUGUAGCUGAGACCAUGAGAAAGCUUAUUAAUGUAAAUAAUAGCAAAGGCAGCUCCCUACAAACAGAAAGAAUACAAAAGUUGCUUGAAGAUGACGAUACCUUACCAAUGACCAUUAAAACAAAAGAGUCCUCUAUAUCACAAGGCAAAAUAAAUAAAUCAGAAUCAAUCAUGCAAAACCCAAGGACUCUUCCUCAAACAGGACAAAGACAAUUCAAAGACGGCAAAGAACUUGGUGAUACUAUCUUACUACAAGAUUCAGAGAGAUUAUUGGUGUAUAUAGUCGCUGUUGUUGGGUUUGUCGCAGUAACUUUAGCUUGCUUGAUAGGUUUCAUUUACUGCAAACGACGGAAUAACGCUAGUCAUAAUGAAACAUCAAUGGAUGAAGAAAAGAAUUACAUUAGUACUACGAACACUGUUGUAUCCAACAGCCGCCUUCCAAAUAACACUUUCAAAUACUAAAAUGGUACUAAUAGAUGUCAGAACGAUUUGAACGAAGAAUAGGACAAUCCCAACAGCGAAACAAAUGAGAUAAAUGAGAUAAACUAAAGUUUAUUUUCGCCAUGACUUAUAUGAGAAAAUAUUUGCUAUUCCACUUUUUUAUUAAUAAGUUUUGCUUGUUUGAAUUUUUAAAAUAAAAGCAUAUUUAUUG